GGAAAGGGAGAAAGAUGGGAACAGGAAGAGCUCCAUGCUGUGAUAAGGCGGGCUUGAAGAAGGGGCCGUGGACGCCAGCAGAGGAUAUGAGGCUCGUGGCCUACAUUCACAGGCAUGGGCAUGGGAAUUGGCGUGCACUGCCCAAGCAAGCAGGUUUGUUGCGAUGCGGAAAGAGCUGCCGAUUGAGAUGGAUUAACUAUCUCCGGCCAGACCUCAAGCGUGGGAACUUCACACGUGAGGAAGAGGAAACCAUAAUCAAGCUCCAUGAAUUGCUAGGAAACAAAUGGUCGAAGAUCGCCGCUCGUCUGCCAGGGAGGACAGAUAAUGAAAUUAAGAAUGUGUGGAAUACUCACUUAAAGAAGCGGGCCACACUGAAAGGGACCAAUCCAUCCAUCGAAUUUGAUUGUGCCUCCGAAGCGAGUGAUGUGGAAUGUGGGGAGAGGAAGAAAGAGGUGUUGGAGGAGAUGAUAGAAACACCGAUCGAACCUAAUAUGGAUAUAUGGGACAUGUUAGAAGACGACACUACGAAGUCACUAGAUAUGAUCAAUGGUAAAGAUGAAUCCACAUGGCACGUGCAUUUAAAGGAGCAGUUCGGAUCAAAAUAUGAUCUUAAUGUGCCUACAGUUGAAUUUAAUGAAUCACCAAGCUCCUCCAUUUCAAAUGGAUCAUGGCCCAUUGAUGUUGGUCGACUUGGGACCAAAGGAAAGGCACAACCACCGUUCAAAUCAGAAAGUUUCAGUGAUGAGAUGGGACCCAAAGAGAUGUCCCAUGACCCCUAUGAGGGACUUCCUGAAAUCCCAAACUUGGAUUUUUGGGACAUUUUAGAGGAUGGGCUGUCUUUCUUUCCUCCGAUUGUGGGGCCCAACCAUGCAGUGGAGGACUGUCACAGCAUCAAGGACUCUGAGAAGGAAGAAUCAAGAGGAGAAGGUGAUGGAAAAAGGUGGAUAGCAAACUUAGAGAAGGAAUUGGAGCUGUGGACCCCAGAUGGUGACCACCAUUGGAGUUCGAUGAAUGGUGCGAUCGAGCCAUUGGCCCCAUCUUGUCCCUACUAUGAUGCAAAACUGGCCGAUGAAGUCGAUCCGAUCAUGGCUUAUUUUCAAAUGCAGCCUCCAUCACCACCAAUCUUUAGUUCAUGGAUCUGAUUAUCAGAUUACUACCUAAUCCAAAAGUCAAAGAAUUUUAAGUGUAUGUUAUACAAGUCGACCAAUUUCGACCUUCGGUCCCACCUAACACUUAGAAAAUCUCUCUCUCUCUCUCUCUC